AUGGUCAACUCGUGUUGUGGCUCUGUCUGCUCUGAGCAGAACUGUCAAGAGAGCUGCUGCCGGCCCUCUUGCUGUGUGUCCAGCUGCUGCAGGCCUCAGUGUUGCCAGUCUGUGUGCUGCCGCCCCAGCUGUUGCCGCCCCAGCUGCUGUGUGUCCAGCUGCUGCCGCCCCAGCUGCUGUGGAUCCAGUUGCUGUGGUGGCUCCAACUGCUGCCGCCCCUCUUGCUGCAUCUCUAGUUGUUGCCGCCCCUCCUGCUGCAUCUCCAGUUGCUGCCGCCCCACCUGUUGCCGCCCAUCUUGCUGUGGCUCCAGCUGUUGCCGCCCAUCCUGCUGCAUUUCUAGCUGCUGCCGCCCCUCUUGCUGUGGCUCCAGCUGCUGCCGCCCAUCCUGCUGCAGCCCAUCCUGCUGCAUUUCCAGCUGCUGCCGCCCCUCCUGCUGUGGCUCUCCCUGCGGUGGCUCCAGCUGCUGCAGACCCACCUGCUGCAUCUCUUCUAGCUGCUGUCGCCCCAUCUGCUGCCAGACCACCUGCUGCCGCCCUACCUGCUCCAGUGCCUCUUGCUGCUGA